ACCUUCACAAGAACCAUGGAGGUGGUGGAUGUCCCGGUGGGAAACCUCAUUGAUUUCGACUCUGAACCGUCCACCACGGACACCUCUGAAUCGGUCCCCACUGGCCCCUCAACCACCAACGGCCACGUGGUGCUGGAUCGCCGGGAUGUGGGCCCUGCCACCGAGGAGAGCGAUGCCACCGAGUCCGCCGACAGUGAGAAUGACCCGACAGACUCGCCCACCCAUCCCAGCUGGAACAACCACCGGCGCUCUUCCUCCGAGUCCUACUCCUCAAACCAGAGCACGGAGUCCGCUCGGGGGGAAGCCACGGCCGAACACCGGGAGUUCAUGAGCCAGUACGUGGAGAAGAUCUUCACCGGUGGAGAGGAGUUUGACCAAGAGGAGCAAGCCAGAUUUGGGGAGCUGUGCAGCGGCGAGAACACAAAAGGCAGGGAGUGGUUCGCCAGAUACGUCAGCGCCCAGCGCUGCAAUUCCAAGUGUGUCUCGGAGCAGACUUUCUACCGCCUGGUGCAGUCCUUUGCCGUUGUGCUCUUUGAAUGCUACCAGAUGGAUGACUUCAGCCCUGCUAAAAACCUGAUGACCAUGUGCUUCACUUACUACUACAUUGGCAAGCCCCAAAUUCUCCCCCCGGAGUGCAAAGAGAAGGCCGCGGGAAGCAUCGACUCCUACCUGAAGUCUGCCAACAGCUGGCUUGCUGAGAAGAAGGACAUCGCGGAACGGCUGCUGAAAAACACCUCGGCCAAGACGGAGAACAUGAAGGGGUUUUUCGGCAGCUUUGAAAGCAAGCUGAGGGGUCCCGGCGGGGCCAGGAAGAGCGAGGAUGGUGAAGAGAAGCCCAGGGACAGAAUGCAGAAAUCAGUUUCCCUGUACAGUCCUGAGGAGGAAGAAGAAAGAAACGGGGAGAAGAUCUACCUGUACAUGCACCUCAAGCAGCAGCCCAUCUGGCACACCCUGAGGUUCUGGAACGCGGCUUUCUUCGACGCCGUCCACUGCGAGAGGCGGAAGCGGUCUCCCACCACCAGAGGGGACACUGGGGAGGAAGAGGAGAAGAGGGAGAAGUGGUGCCACAUGACUCAAGAAGAACGGAACGACAGCCUCCGCUUUAACGAGAAUAUCACCUUUGGACAGUUGGGAACUUUCACUCAUAACAUGCUGGCUUUUGGGCUGAACAAGAAACUUUGCAACGAUUUCUUGAAGAAGCAGGCAGUGAUUGGCAACCUGGAUGAAGAGCAGUACAAGCUGCUGAGUGACCACAUUGACCAAAUGGCUGCUGAAUAGCUCCACCACCUGCUUUGCUAGGAC